AACGUGGAGGUGUAUGGAGACCACAGCGGGUUGCACUUCUUCCUCCUCCGCCGUUCCGACCAGAUGCGAAACUCGGAGCUCCUCGCGCUGCCUGUUGUUGAUGCCACUGCUGCUGCUGCUGAUGCUCCUGCAGCUGAGGCUGUAGAGCCCUCGGUGGUUCUCCCACACGAUCCCAGUGUGAAGCUCCAAUCAGUGACAGCCUUCAAGCGCCACGUGGUCGUUUUUGAGAGGGUGAAGGGGCUCCAACGGAUCAGAUCCAUCCCCUUGCGAUCCGACGGCUCUCCUGCACCUGAAGCUGCCAAACUGGUUGAAUUCAACGAAGCAGCAUACGAGAUCCGAGCCCUCAGAAGCCGGUUCGAAUCGCCCCUCCUCCGCUACUCCUUCUCCUCCCUCGUCACUCCCACCACUGUGUUCGAGCGAGACAUGGACACAGACAGACAGGCGGCUAGGAAGGUCGACUGGGUCGGCGAAUCCUUCGACCCCUCACUCUACUCCUCCCGCCGUCUCUUCGCCACGGCAGCAGACGGCACUCAAGUGCCCAUUUCGCUCGUCCAUCGCAACAGCACUUGCAGUGCUGCCACCAACGAACCCCCUUGGCCCAUGCUGCUCUAUGCCUAUGGCGCGUAUGAGGUGCCCUCGCGCCUCUCUUUCUCCCCCGACCGUCUCUCCCUGCUCGAUCGAGGGGUGGCUGUGGCCAUAGCGCAUGUGAGGGGAGGAGGCGACUGGGACUAUCAGUGGUACUUGGACGGGAAGCUUCUGAGAAAGCGCAACACGGUGUGGGAUGUGAUUGCGUGUGCCGAGCACCUGAUCAAGGAAGGUCUCACCACUCCAGACCGAUUGGCCCUGGAAGGCCGGUCAGCAGGGGGCAUACCUGUGGGGGCAGCCGUGAACGAACGGCCGGAUCUGUUUCGAUCAGCCGUGGCUGGCGUGCCGUUCGUUGAUGUGCUCUCCACCAUGCUAGACGCCUCUCUACACCUCACCAUCACAGAGUGGGAGGAGUGGGGCAACCCACAGGAGGAGCAGUACUAUCACUGCAUCAAGUCCUAUUCUCCUGUCGACAAUGUGAAGCCCCAGGCUUAUCCCAACAUACUGGCCACUGCUUCGCUCCAUGAUCAGAGAGUGAACUAUUGGGAGCCAGCCAAGUGGGUGGCACGGUUAAGAGACGCCAACACCAGCAGUGAUUCGGUGGUGCUGCUUUGGUGUGGGACGCCUCAAAAGCCAACAGACCUGAAAUUCUGCAUGUGCCCUCUCGCACUUCUUUCCUCGCCCUCCUCCUUCCCUUAUUGUCUGCCAACACUUACAGACCAGAGAGUGAACUACUGGGAGCCGGCCAAGUGGGUGGCGAGGCUGAGACACGCCAACACCAGCAGUGACUCGGUGGUGCUGCUGCGGUGCUCUCGCGCUCUUCUCACAUCAUCCCGUUCCUACCUCCCUCCCUCCCUCUCUUCCAUCGCAGACCAGAGAGUGAACUACUGGGAGCCGGCCAAGUGGGUGGCGAGGCUGAGACACGCCAACACCAGCAGUGACUCGGUGGUGCUGCUGCGGUGCUCUCGCGCUCUUCUCACAUCAUCCCGUUCCUUCCUCCCUCCCUCCCUCUCUUCCAUCGCAGACCAGAGAGUGAACUACUGGGAGCCGGCCAAGUGGGUGGCACGAUUAAGAGAUGCCAACACAAGCAGUGAUUCGGUGGUGCUGACUUCUCAUGUGCUGUCUCUUGCUCUCCCCCUCCCUCUCGUCUACGCAUUUCAGACCAGAGAGUGA